AAAUUAGGUUUAGGGUUCAUCUGCAGCCAUAUAUAAGCCCCCUUUCUCUAACACUCGGUCAUCCUCAUACCUCACUCUCUCUUACACAGAACUCAACACCAAACAGAAACCAAAAUGGCCGAGCAAACUUUCAUCAUGAUCAAGCCCGAUGGCGUUCAAAGAGGCCUUGUUGGUGAGAUUAUCAGCAGGUUUGAGAAGAAGGGUUUCUACUUGAAAGGUUUGAAAUUCGUGAAUGUGGAGCGUGCAUUUGCUGAGAAGCACUAUGCAGAUUUGUCUGCAAAGCCUUUCUUUAGCGGAUUGGUGGAUUACAUUAUCUCUGGUCCUGUUGUUGCCAUGAUCUGGGAGGGAAAGAAUGUUGUGACAACCGGAAGAAAGAUAAUCGGUGCCACUAACCCUGCUCAAUCUGAGCCUGGAACUAUCCGUGGUGAUUUUGCCGUUGAGAUUGGCAGGAAUGUUAUUCAUGGAAGCGAUGCUGUUGAAAGUGCUAACAAGGAAAUUGCUUUGUGGUUUCCUGAGGGUGCUGCUAACUGGCAAAGCAGCCUUCACUCCUGGAUCUAUGAGUAAAGAUAAAAUCUAUUGCGAAUCUGUCUUUUUGAUCCGUUGCAGAUGUUUUAUUUAUGUUUGGUAUGUUGUUUCGGUUGAAACAUUUUCUAUGUUUGACAUUUUCACAGUUUGAUUAAUCAAAUCCGAAUCUAGUUUUGCUUUUC